UAUGUUAUUUUUCCUUUAUAAAAAUAAUUUUCUAUGAAUUUAAAAUGGAAUGUGAAUUGUCUAAGAUAACAUUUUACAAUCUGUGUAAUUGUUUAGAGAAUAUUGUGCAAGUAGACAGCAAAGAACAAAAAUGUGAAACCCUUGUAAACUUGUUUAAUAACGUAUUUAAGACACAAGAUGUAAAUCAAAUAUUUAACAUAUUACGAUUAAUUUUACCAGAAUUUGAUAAAUCACGAACUACAUAUGGAAUGAAAGAGGCUGCAAUUGGAAAAUAUGUUGCACAUACAUUUAACAUUGAUAAACAUUCAGAUGAUUAUAAAAUGUUAUACAUAAACGAUUAUCCAGAAAUGAAACGUUCCAAAGACUACGCGUUAGUUGUAUCAAAAAUAUUAUAUCGGUAUCAUAAUACACCACCAAGUGAAUUAAAUAUUUUUAAAAUUAACGAAUAUUUAACAAACAUUUCAAAAAAAUCAGACUUUUAUAAAAAUUUGUUAAAUAUCUUGUCACCUGUCGAAAAUAAAUGGAUUAUUCGAAUCAUUUUAAAAAAUAUCCGAUUAGGUUUAACACCUGAAAGUAUUUUAACAUUAUUUCAUCCAAGAGCAGUAAGUUUAUUCGAACACAAUAACGAUCUAUAUUCGAUUAUAAAAAAUUGCAUCCAACCCGAACGUAUUAUCGAAGGGAAUGGAUUAGAUUUGUUUCAAUUCAUACGUCCAAUGCUUUCUAUUAAAGCGUCGAAAAAAUUAUUAUCCGAAAUAGCUUUAAUUAAUUAUUUCGUUGAGGAAAAAUUCGAUGGUGAACGAUUUCAGUUACAUUAUGAUCGUAAUAAAAAGGAAUGUAAAUGGUUUUCACGAAAUGGACAUGUUUACCCAUUUGAAGCGUUAACUAAUGAAAUUCCUUCAAUUUUAAUAUCAACUGUUGAAAAUGUUAUUCUGGAUGGGGAAAUGGUGGGGUUUAAUUUGAAUACGAAGAAAUACGGAACCAAAGGUUUUAAUUAUGAUAUUAAAAAAGUCAAGGAUACCAGUAGCUACCAAGCAUCGUUUAUUAUUUUCGAUAUUAUUUAUUUAAAUCAUCGGAAUUUAUCUGAAGCUCCGUUGCAAGAACGAAGGAAAUUAUUGGAAACUAAUUUAUUAAAAUAUGAGAACGAUUUUAUUAAAAUUAGCAUCGUAAACCAUUUAGAAAACUACAACGAUAUUCUUAAAUAUUUAACCAAAGCGAUAAGUAAUGAUUUAGAGGGGAUCGUUAUUAAAGAUCCUACUUCAUUCUACUUAUCGAAUAAACGUACAUCAAAUUGGAUUAAAAUCAAACCAGAUUACUUUGAAGGAUUAAUAACAGAUUUAGAUUUAUUAAUUAUUGGAGGAUACUACGGGGACGGCCGUCAAAGUGGGCAAAUUGCAACAUUUUUACUAGCCGUUUUCGAUGAAACACAAAAUAAUUACGUAUCGAUCGGACAAUCUGGUUUAGGUUUAACAAAAAAUGACCUAAUAAAGUUACAGAUAAAAUUGGGACCACAUUGGCAAAAAGUAGGAAAAAAUGAUAAAAUGCCAAAAAUGGUGAAAUGGGGUAAAGAGAAACCACAUGUUUGGAUUGAACCCAAACAUUCGAUUAUAUUAGAAAUAAAAGCCUCAGAAUUACAUCGUUCUGAUAAUUUCAUAACAAAGUAUACAUUACGAUUUCCGCGGAUUGUUCGUGUUCGAUAUGACAAACCCUUCGAUCAAUGUUUAAAAUUAAGUGAAUAUCGUGAGCUUGUUUCAAAUAAACAUGAUAAGCCUGUUGUUAAAUUAGCACGAUUACCAACGAUUAAUGAUUUACUUAUUACCAGUGAUAAUGAUACAAUUCAAAAUAUUAAAACUGAGCCAAUAGUACCAUUAAAUCGUAUAUUGAAUGAUCGAAAAUUCUCUGUAUUAUCUGGUACCGAAAAUCUAACAGAAACUGAUAUAAAAAAGUUAAUAAUCGAAAAUGGUGGUAUUGUAAUAAAUAAUUAUAAGAAUCAUGAAGAUUGUUUAUUAAUUGGUGAUAAGAGAAAUUUUCUAAUACAAACUGAAAUAAAUUUAAAUAAGCGAGAUAUCGUAAAAGUAAGUUGGUUAUUAAAAAUUAUUGCAAAUCAAAAAUAUAUUGAUUGGAAUCCUGAAGAUGCGCUUUUAGUAUGUACAUUGGAACGAAAAAAAGAAUUUAAUUUAAAUUUUGAUUCGUAUUGUGAUCAUUAUACGAGACAUGCCGAUUAUAACUCAUUAGAAAACUGUUUAAAUAAUAUGUCAAAUACAAUGGACAUUUGUUGA